AUGUAUGUGACCUGCCAGCCGUUAAUGGGACCUAGUUCUUCAAAUGCUGAUAUGUCUCCGCAGCUCGAAAUGUCCAUGAGGACUGCCCACUUGGAGAAGGAGUACGAGAAGACUCUUUCCGACUCAGCACGUCUGCUAGAUGGCGAGAGAGAUCGUGUGCGACGCAUAGAGCACUUGUUCUUACAAUUCGAGAAUGAGGCCAUCAGGUUACAACUAGAGGAGUCAAAUGGACACCUUCUAGGUUUCUCGAAGGCUGAUUCCGAGGCAUGCGUCCAACUGCAAGACGCUUGCCAAGAGAUUGAUCGUUUGGAGCACCAAGCGCAAAACUCUACGAACGAGAUCAACCGACUCAAGAAUGAGCUUGCGGCCCAAAAGAGCAAUUCGGCCAGUUACAACAAUGUGCUGGCAGAAAAGGUCCAAAUUUCUAAGGAACUUGCUACUUUGCAGUCAGAACACGAGCGGCUGAAGGCCCAAGAUGGAUCAUACCAGGCGGUCGUUGCCAGAAACAAUGAAAUGGAACGAUAUGCAACUUCCGUGGAAGCUCAGCUUGACGAUGAAAAACAUGCCCACCAGCGUACACAAGCCAAGGCAUCGCAGCAAACAACGGAAAUAGCCAACCUUACUACUCGUAUUGACGAAUUACGAAAGGAGCUCGCAGGAGAGCUUCGGGCAAAGCAGCAGCAGGAGCGGGACUUCCAUCAACAGAGUUCAGGGUGGGAAAGUCAGCGAGCAGUUCUCGAAGGGAAGGUUGAAUCUCUCAAUAAGCAGCUGCGGGCAAGCAAGAGCAAGCUACAAGAACUCCAAGCCGAGCUUCAGCAUCGGGGCAAUGUGAAAGCACACGCCACGAAUGGAUCCGAAACUACUCGGCCUGUGCCGCUUCAACGCCCAGGCCCUAUCGCUCGACCAAGCUCUCAUUCAGGUGUGGAAAUUGCAACACCCGGUGCUUUCCGUGUGCAGGCAAAGCCGAAGAAAGACUCAGCUUUGCCAGGUGAUAAGUCAUCAUUUUCGAUCACGCCGUUCCUGAACCGCACUGGCGGUGGUCUCUCUGAUUCACCAAUGAGUUCCGUGGCUGGCGAUGACGAUAAUGGCCACGAUGGUGCCGCUGACGCCCCAACCCCUCUCGAAACCCUCAAGGGCAACAGAAAUGGAGAGCCGAGGCGUAUGGGCUCCGCCCUUCGCCGCCAACUCUCCCCGGGUCAAGAUCGACUUCCCAUUGCGAAGACCGUGAAACCGAAAGCACGCGAGAGCGCUACAGCUGCUCCGGCGCCUGUGAAGGUACCUACCAAGCUACCCGCAAAGGAGAAGCCAUCGGUCAGCCGCAUGGUGUCGGCUAUCGAGGAUGACGGGCUAUCUGAUAGUUCUGCCGAGGAGCUGGCGAAACCCAAGAAACGCAAGCUCGGUGGGCAGCGAGACCGAAGCUUGUUUGAGGAGGACGAUGAAGAUAUGGGUCUUUUCGCGAAUGCUACACGCAAGGGAUCUACUUUGUCAAAGGGACCUACUAAUUCGACCAAGUUUGGGGCACCCUUAGGAUUCUCUCCCCUGAAGAAAGAUCGCAAACGCCUCUAA